AUGCAAGAGAAGAAGAAGAAGAAGAAGAAGAAGAAGAAGAAGAAGAAGAAGAAGAAGAAGAAGAAGAAGAAGAAGAAGAAGAAGCAAAGACCGGUUUCGAAUCUUCUUACCCGUGAAGGGGUCGCCGAACUGUACACGACAGUAUUUAAAAGACCAGUUGGCGAACAUAUGUUUGCUUUGGAUAAAUUCUCGUCGGUCCAGUACAUUUAUUUGGGAAUGAGGUAGAAGUAAAGACAUGUCAGUGAUAAGAAAAAUCGAUCAAAGUUCGUCUUAAGACACAGGCGCGGUGGGCGAAUUUGGGGAGUCGGGAGUGAGGAGUAAUAGCAGUAAAUUCCACGGACGGGGUGGAAGCGGAAGGACAUGGAGAGUUGCGGCGUUAGUCGACCUUAGACCACGGUAGAUGAGGGGUCUGUACGUGGUUCUUUUGUGUGUACAAGACUGGUUUUCGCAACCUAAUGGCGACCGCUUCUGCUGUUGCUAACAGGCGCUGGUCCAGUAGCUUAGGGUGAUUUUAUAAAUCACGCGAAAAGCUUCGCUGGGGUUCACACGAUGCCCGGGAUCAAAAACAUGCGCGAAAACGUCGCUGUUUAUGCACCUAGCUUGGCCUGCUCCCAACCAUGCCGGGAGGUGUUCUCGCAUUCUCUUGUAUAGGUGCCGACUCGUGCGACCAAGAUGACCUGCUCCACAGGAGUUAGUAAAGGAAUAGAUGUACAUUGAUGCGACUUGAGUUGGAAAGCUAUCCCUCCCUUCUCCUGGUAAAAUGAAGCUAGUUGAUAAUAAUAUUUGAACCUUUGCUGCUAGGAAGGAUCGAGAGGCAGCUUGACGAAAGCAUCUUCACUCGCAGCGCCCCCUUGAAACGGGACUUUGAGAAACAACACUUUCUUUCUGGCAGUCAGUGCGGUGAGUUUUUCUGGUCGUUCAGCAGUUGCAACAGACUUGUCAGGAUAUCCGUUUUCACGAAGCAGAUUCUGCAUUUUUCUGAGCUCCUCAUCAAUGCUAUCUGCAGAACAAGUUUUUCUAGCCUUUUGCACCAAACACCGGACUGGAUUUCGUUUUUGUUGGAGGGACACGAAACUGUCAAAGUUCGUAUAUUGUCCAGACCAGGUUUUCUUCUAAUAAACACCCUUUCGGACGCUACCGUAGGGUCUUCUGCUUAGAAGGACAGCCGGGAAAGGGAAUGAAUAAAUCGUUUGCAUAAAAACUUGAUGUUCGCCAAUUAAAAUUUCUCAGAACAAGAAAUGCCGGAUCGAUCUUGGGAGAAAAGUUUUCGAGUGAAUACUGUCUGAACACUUUCGAUUUUGCUACGGUCACAGGCGCUUAUUAAACCAAAGAAAAGGCAAAAAGUGUUUAAGAACGGACGGAGAGAGCAAACAUUUAAUAAAGUUUAAGUUUCAGUUCCGGAAGGAAAAACUUAUGCAAUAUGAACCCACAUAUCCUCGCGGCUUUUGCAGAGAUUUGAUCUGCAUGAAUUGAUUAAGAAGCUUAGGCCCACGGCCUAUAUUUUGAAAUAUUCUGAGAGGGAGUUAUUUUGAGAAAUUAUGGGACCAGGGAGCUUGGAAGGGCCAAAACACAUGAAACUGCACUUGGACGAAGAAAACUCCAAUUGCGACGCUCAACUCUGUUUCCGCAAGUAUAGAAGAUCGGCGUUAAGUUGUCGAACACGAACGUUUACGGUGUCCUUAGAGUAUGCAUAAACGCAUUAAAAGUCAUCGGCAUAAAUAAACCUCUGAAGAUUUCUUAUUUCUGUCAAAACAUAUGCGAGUUAGGAAUACCAUCCGUUCCCGAGCAGUAUGAGUUCUUUAGACGACUUUCAUUCGGGAACAGAUCCCAAGAGAUGCAAUACGAAAUUCUAAAAUGUGUUUCCGACUACGAAGGAUUACUUAAGCAGGGUUAUGUUAUUGAUUAUCAUGAGUAUUAAUCUCAUGAUAAUUCGGAAUCGCCAGGAAGUUGGCUUUUGAGUGCAGGCCAUAUGUGCAUAUUGAAAAGAAUCGGAAGAACUGGAAGAGAAUGGCUUUAAAAUGUCCAGAGCAACUCGUUCAGCAAGCUUCAGUAGUGCGGAAGAGCACGCAGUUGGACGAAAAGAGUUAAAACCAAAUUUUACGGUUUCAUAGGAAUAGGAGGAACUCCUAAUGUACGCCAGUCGUCAGGAAUCUUCGACGCCGUGAAAAGUAAAGUAAUCAGAUGCGUAAAAACAGGUAUUAUAAGAUCUACCAUUCCAGCUCCCACAAAAGGAAUCCCUAGAAGAACAUAUUACAUUGGGCAAACAACCACUGCACUUGGUCUCCCACAAGACCUACUCUCCUGAUUUUGUGUGCCCCAAUAUUAUGCAGUCUAUGUUGUGCCCCUAAAAAUCGAAUAAUAUUUCACGCUAAACAUACGUAAAAAUAUUCAUUCUUUAGCUCAUCCUGUAGAAAAUUACGUCUUCUUCGUAUUUUAUACUCGAAAGAGGGAUAUAAUUCGGUUUUAAAAAAGUUUCUAACUGUGGGACGGUAAUAAAGGGGAAUCAUAUAGGGUUCACAAGAUUAAACAGUGGAUUUGACCCAAGUUGUUAACUUUACAAGCCACAUUGGUAAAUGCAGAGAUAUGACGAUUUAUAAACGGUCAUUUCACGAUAUUAAAAAUUCCCAGAAUUAGAAACUUUUUUAAAACCGAAUUAUGUCCCUCCUUCGAGUAUAAAAUUAAGAGAAGACGUAAUUUUCUACCGGAUGAGCAAAAGAAUGAAUAUUUUUAUGUAUGUUUAGCGUGAAAUAUUAUUCGACUUUUAAGGGCAUCGAAAAUCAGUGAGAAAAAUUCAUGUUAUAUAAGUAUUCAUUUUUAACAGGGUGUUGUUUUUGCAUGCAGCCGAAAGGAAGUUCAUUCGAAAGCCGGUCUCCUGAGGUAAUUGAAAUAUUUUAAAAUUAUGUUGCAGGCUGACUAAUUUUAAAACCCUACUUAAUUAAUCUUUUCGAAACGAAAAGGCAUUUCCGAAUUUCGGUUGACAUUUUAUGAGCUAGCCCACCUACUUUAUUUAAGGAAACAAUUUUAAAAUUGAGUUACUGAAAGGAAGGGAACAAUAUUCUUGGAAUCGUAGAACUGUCGGAAACGAUGGUACAUGGGAGGAAAUUUGUUGGUUUCUGAUGUCAUGGUGGGUGGUACGUAUUCCUGCACUGGUUAGUGUUCUUCUUAAAUGUGUCCACGGAAGGGGGACAUGAUGUCGUCCACAGACAGAGCAUUCCACGCCUUAAUCACUCUGUUGGGAAGGAAAAACCCUUUGCGUCACAAGUAGUUUGAGUGGAUGAAAGAAAGAAGAAUUCGCUUUGUUUUGAAGUAUAGAUUCAAAAUGGUCAGCAAAUAGGGCUCCAUUCACCGUGGACGGAAAUGAGUUAAGAAACUACUCACGAGUCAAAAUGUGUUACACAGAAAGACACGACUAUUACGGGGACCAUUCAAGAGUGGGCUUUGAUUCUGCUGCCCCAACUGAGUAAUACCAUAUGAUUGAUUUUUUUAAAAAAAAAACUUCGUAGAUAUGAAUACGGUGGCAUUAACAAUAUCCCUUAUUUGCAUCUUCCCUAUCAUUUCAAUCCAGCGAGUGACUGAGCCAAGGGGAAGAAUGCUCAUACGCUAGCCUCGAUCACUUCAGGUAUCAGUUCAUACACGCUUCCCUGCGCGUGUUUCGAGCCCUGCUUGCGUCCUCUUUAUUAAACUAAUCCAGCGAGUGGCUAAGUAGGCUUGUUCAGGCAAUUGUUUGGGCGGAUUACAACUCCAUUGGUCCCACCACAAUGGCCAUGCACUGCGAAUUACCACGCAGUUCCCUCUGUGGCCUUCCCAUUGUGAUUGCACCCUCCUUAUCCAUCUAAUCCAGCAAGUGGCUGUUUCGCGGGGAGAAUGUGCACACGCCACCUUCUCGCGCUUCCCUGCGCGUGCUUCGAGCUCUGUUUGGGCUCUCUUUCCCUUUAUAAUCCUGCCAAGUGACUAAGUUAGGUAUGUUAACUAAUUUGCUUCUUUUUUUACCUUAGAAAAGGAUAUGCUGCCUACCAAGACGUUGGGUCUCAUUCCACCAGUUUGGCAGCCACAAGAAUCUGUCGCCAGUUCCGAGCUUUCAUUAGCUCAUACCUCUGAUCGUAGCGACCUCCAGAAUUCGGUGAGUGUCUUUCAAAGUAUCCAUGUGUAUGUAUUGACCCUUAUAUAUGUUGGAAGUACACGGCACGCCCACCCCGUUUCCCUUUGGGCUUCGAUCUAGGGCCCUGCAGGCAGUCGUGUAACAACUGGCAGAUAGAGCUUACUAACAAACACUAGGGAGACCGGGAUGGUCACUUCUGACUUAUUAACGGUCGUCGUCGUCGUCGUCGUCAAACCCAGGUUCGCAGCACCUGAGCCUCGAUCCUGCGUUCUUUGGUAAUCGAGCGUAACUUAGUCCAACGUUCUACUACUUGAACUAUGGGCCCACUGUCCCGUGGGUAAAGAUCCGAAAUAUCAAGUAUGUUAGAAAUGCAACACGAGCAUUUUCUGUAACGAUAUAGUUGUUCCGAUAUAGUUGUAUAUAUAUAUAUAUGAUGGUACAUCGGCGCUCACCGAUCGUUUCUGCGGAACUCACCCGUCCCGUUGUGCCUUCCGGACUCUCUCUGUUGAGCCCAGCCAGCAGCCACACAACGGCGCCUGAUAUAGGCAGAAUGGCAAUGUAUAUACAAAUGGAGAAUAACAUUACCUACAAAGAUAAGGGAGACUGGAAUGACCAUUCCUGGCUUAUUAACUGUUUUCAGCCAGCGAGUGGCCGUUUCGCUGGGAGAAUAGGUAUGCGCCAUCUUCAUGGGCUUCUUUGCGUCUGCUUCGAGCUCUACUUGCUCUCUCUCUUUCCCUUCCUAAACCAGCGAGUGGCUAAUUGAGGUAUGUUAAUGAAUAUUGUUUUAGUAAGGUAAUCAUAUUCCAACAAUCAAGUGGGGCUGCAGAAUCAAACCUUGCCAAUUCAAGUCUUUGCCUCUGUAUCUCGAUCUCUUUACACGUGCGAUAGCGAGCCAGGAAUGGCAAUACAGAAUGCUGACAUUCCGGCGUAAGGCAAAAGGUUAACUGAAUGCCACGGCACCGGGGCGAGAGGACUUCGCAGAGAUUAGUCCAAAUUGAUGGGGAUGGGCAAUGUCGUCCAGAACUCGACCAUCAAAUUACUUGACCGUUUUGAAAUGCCUUUGUAUGACAGAGCCGACCAGAAAGACAUAAGAAACAUCGGCAGCAGAAGAGAGCUUUCGGAGGUGACUCAUUUUAAAAUUAAGAUAUGUCUCUUGAUUAAGGCAGGAAAAAUGACAAGCGAACAAUAAAGAGUAAGAGAAAGAAUGCAGGCAUCUAUGAAUCGCCAGACUAAGGGUUGGUGUGAGUGGCAUGAGCGUAAACGACGAAUGUAAUAAAGAUGUUUACGAAUUUCAAUGAAAGGAACUCAAAAUGGAGGGAAAAAGAAAGGUUUGACGACAAAGUAACUCUGAGGUGCUCGAAAGGAAAUGCCUAAUUGGGAAGGAUGUAAAAGGAUUCAGGACUAGGAGAGGGUCACAGUCGGAAAAUACAUUGGACUGCUGUUUGACUACUCAGUACAAGACUAUUUUCCUGCUACCAUACUGAGACGUGGUCAAGGCCAUCCCUCAGCGACUGGAGAUGUGUCCGAUUUUUAAGAGGGUGUCCAACAACCAUAUCACCAGCAAACCUAACUAACUGACAGUCGUUUGGGAAUCUUAAAUCAUCAGUGUGGAGGGAUAAGAGGUGAAAGAGUGAAAAGGAACAUUAAAGAACUCCACAGUCAUUGGGAAGAACCGUGGAUUUCCGCUUGUCGGUCUGUAGAAAUUAAAUGCCGGAAGUAAAGUAAUCGACAAGCCAGGAAACAAUCCAGUCUGCAGAGCCGCACGCUGAUGUGUCGGUAAGUAGGCGAUGGCGCGGGACAGUAUUGAAGGCGGAGGAGUAGUUAAAAAGAGUACAUGUAAUAGAAGAGCACAAGUAAUAACUGAGAGCAGGAUAGUGUCUGCAACGGCCUCGUAACAUGGACAGAGCCCGCUGAUAGGACUGCUUCUCGACUAUCAGAGUUAAGACCAAGGGAUGCUCAAAUUUCUGACAAGGCAAGCGAAUGCAGAAAGCAGGGCAGCAUUCACAUUCGCCUCAAUACCGGUAGGGCACCGAGGAGUUACGAUGGCCUUUCGACUCUCUGAGCUAAAGCCAAGGAAAGUGUGGGCUGAGUGCGGGGAAGUGGCCGCAGGGAGCCGGUACGGUACGAUCGCUUCUCGACUAUCCGAGCUAAACUCAAGUCGACUAAAUACGAAAUGCAAGGCUAUAUCCGCAUUCGCUUCGAUAACGAUGGGGAACCAAAGUGUUACGAUCGCUUCUAGACUCCGAAGACAUAUAAUGACUGAGAGGACUUGUCUCGUCACAUGGAACGUCCAAUAAAAAAAAAUAAGUAUGGCUACGGAAAUAAGUGCGGUAAAAAGUCUUGUGUAUGAUAGUUUGCUUGGAGUCCUACAACACGCCGUUACUGAGUUCGGUUGUGAAGGCUUAGUAAAUAUACAGUGAGUGCCCUAUCUCAUGAAAUGUUGACUGAAAUUCUGAAAUGCGUUUUCGAUUAGGAAGGAUUACUUGGUGGCGGUUGUAAUACUGACUAUCUUGCGGCAUACUCUUAUAACAUUUCGCACUCGGCAGGAUGUCGGCUUUUAAAUGCAUUUCUGUUCAAUCUCCUGUAGAAAGCGUGCUCGGUAAAAAAUGACUACUUAAAUAGCAUGCAUUUUUUCCCAUUGAUUUUCAAUGGUGUUGCAAAUUCAAAUAUAAUUUAUAGAAACCACAAAAAGUAUGCUUUCUUUUAGUCAAUCAACAGAGAAUCACGUCUUCUUUAUAUGUUUUACUUAAGGAAGGAGUAUAAUUAGGUUUUAAAAAACUUUUCCAAUUGCCGAAUAAUUUGGAGCCUGAUCAUUCGUUGCCUUAGCACUGAGUAAUUUCAUUCUGCAAGGUGCAUAGGUUCCCCGUAAAUAAAAUCAUAUAUUUUUCUAUGCCAUUAAAGAGAUAUCAUACAGAAUCCAUCAAAUUUCGCAAUGGAUGCGGACAAUGUUGUAUAUUUCUCGAGGAACAGUGGUAAACGGCCUGGUAUGAUGCUAUGUGAAUUGACAUUUCGCGGUCUUAAAAAGUCUCAUAAUUAGAAACUUUUUCAAAACAUAAUUAUAAUUCUUCCUUAAGUAUAAAAUAUAAAGAAGCCGUGAUUAUCUAUUGAAUGACGAAAAGAAAACAUAUUUUUAUUGAUGGUUUCUAUAAAAUAUAUUUGAAUUUGCAAGAACAUCAAAAAUCAAUGGGAAAAAAUGCAUGCUAUUUAAGUAGUCAUUUUGAACAGAGUACGCUUUCUACAGGAGAUUGAACAGAAAUGCAUUUAAAAGCCGACAUCCUGCCGAGUCCGAAAUGUUAUAAGAGUAUGCCGCAAGAUAGUCAGUAUUACAACCGCCACCAAGUAAUCCUUCCUAAUCGAAAACGCAUUUCAGAAUUUCAGCCAACAUUUCAUGAGAUAGGUCACUCACUGUAAGAGAAUGCAGCAUCCCAUUAAGUGGAGUGACGGCACUUCUCUUUCGGGUCAGGGGUCGGAUUCGGCUUCUGAAUCACAUCAUUCUGACGGCAUGCCUCAGGUGAUUUGAAUAGAAAACUCCAAGGACUUCGUUGAAGUGGGGAAGCUAUCGGUGUGGCUAAUGUAGACGGAUUCGCAGACGUAAUAGAUGGGCCACCAGGUGAGUUCGAAAAGAUAACCGCGGCUGCUGCUAAUUUGGAAACAAACGAAGGCGUUAGGUUGCUUGUGUGAGACGGAGAUGUAGAAGUAAGGGAGAGCAGUGAGUCGGAUUUCGCAGGAGUGCGAUUAGCUGAAUCUCGAGGUUACUUGUAUUAUGGCCGAAUUGGUGAGCGUUUGGCUGAGAUUAAGUCAGUUUAUUGAGGGUAUAUAUAAAAAGAGGAACCAAAUUCUUCGCGCUUCAUGGGGGUAAAAUCAUGACGAAGGAUAAAAUUGCGCGUUUUCCAUAUAUAUGUAGAAACACGACCUCGGUGAGCCAAGAUUGAAUCGACUGGUGAAAACAGUUUAAUUAAAAUAGGGGAUUUGUUACUACGGGAUGACAGGCGUUUAGCAUCCAUUACCUUUUAGUUGAACCCAUACAAGCAGAGCAAACCAACCGGAAUAUCAACAUACUGUGCAGGCCGAUAAACGUCUUUCAUUUAGAAGUUAUAAGUCGUUAUAAGUCGAUCUUUACAGCUGUCUAAUGCAUGCAGGCUAAACUGCCUAUCAAGAAAAAGUGGUGACGAAUGGCCAUCAGUGCAUUCUGACCUAGAUUUGUCAGAACCAAGGCCCAGAUCUUUUGCUGACCUACGAAUUUUGCCCUUAUCUUCUAUAGAGGUAAGCUGCAAUUGACUAAAACUCCUAACAGAUCUUAUGACCGGAUCUCGGUGAGAGUUACACAGCGCAAAAAUGCACACCAUUGAAGACGGUUAGAAUGCACAAAAUACAGAUUGCAGGAUUCGACGAGCAAUUAGCAAGCACAGUCUAGCAAAACUCGAAAGGAAAAUGGAAGCCGGCAAUUCUAAAAGAAUAGGCCUGUACUAAAAGAAGUUUGGUUAGAUGAUACUUGGUAGCCCUCCUGACACCGCAAACUCCCAGCUGUCUGUCAAUCGGGACCGGUGGUAAUAGGGGCUAUACGGGUGGGACAAUUGAGUGGACGGGUAAAUGGCGAUUGUAGUAUAUGCUAGGAAUUGACGCUCCAGGUAAAAUGGAGGCCUAAUUCAGAUUAGGUGAAAAAUACAAGGAAGGUAUGGAAAUGAGCAAGGAGACUUUGAACGGUGUGCGGAAUAAGUGCAUCCUAGCCUCCGAUUGGAAAGAAAAGCAAGUGAAGGCGAACAACCAAUGGGAAGAAGGCAACUGGUCCGAAUGUCACUCCGCAGUGUGUGCGAUAGAACUCCACCCAACAUAAUGGACAGAAGAACAUGAGAGUCAAGCAGCGGCACGCGGGACGCCACAACGCAAGCCGGGCAAGACUUGAAUACGAAAAAUUGGUUUGGGUGGAAGAGAAAAUCCGCAAAUAAUGAGGCAGUCGAAAUCUACCUCUGCUAAUGAAAGUUGAUAAAUGGUAAGCCUCAUUGUCAUCGUUACCGGUGCCAAUCCGCCCAGGAUACUACCUCCACAAUGAAUCUGGUACAGGCAAUACAGCGGGCGCGUAAAUUUAGAAGCAUAAUGAGAACGCAAUCAUAGCUACUGAAAUCAAGCCAGUAGGUGCAAUUGUGGAUUCUAUGGGCACGCCUGCCAACUACCUCUUUUAAUGAAAGUUGAUAUAGGGUAAGCCUCAUUGUCAUCGCUACGGGCGCAAAUCUGCCCAGGAUAGCUCCUCAAAAAUGAAUCUGAUACAGGUAGUACAGCGUGCGCGUGAAUUUAGAAGCAUAAUGAGAACGCAAUCGCAGCUACUGAAAUCGAGCCAGCAGGUACCAUUAUGGAGUCUGUGGGCACGGCUACCAACUAUGAUCUUAUCAGAAGUUUAUUCGCAAAACGAAGGUUGAAGAGUCUCUGUCUAUCAGAAGAACCGUUCAUUUAUCUUCGGGUUUGAAACCAGCGGCCUGACCUUUCCAUGGUGUUCAGGUGCCUGAGGGGAGUGUCUGGAAGGUGUUUGGCGGUCCGCGCCUCCUUGCUCUCCGCUGCCUUGUCACGCUACCCUCUUGUCCGCCCCACACACUCCUUAUCGAUCCGCUGCUGGGACUCGCGAGGCUUGUCACUAGCUUCGCAAGUGCUCUAGGUUAAUCAACACUGCCCCUUCUCUGAUUGGCUGGCGAAGGUGAGGCAGAGCGAAAGGCGCACAUGCGCUGGGGUCUAAGUGUAAGUGUCGAAGUCCUCCUAUCUGACACCCGAUAAGAACACAAGUCAGUGCCUAAGGGGGAGAUUAGGGAUUAUGUAGGACGACGAGAAGACGGGUUGGAGUUCAGACAAGGUAGGGAACACGAGGAGGUCCUUUGGCAUGGACUGGUUGGCCUGGAGAUGGUCCUUGGUUGGUCCGGCAAGCGAGAACAUCGAUGACAUUUGGGGCCGUCCGGGAGGCGUUCUCCGGUCCAAGGUCCUCAGACGUCAAUUAUUCUCGGUAUUUAUGGGGCCUCCAGUCGAUACGAGUAGGUUUAAUGGAUAGACAAAUGGGCACGAGUAAGUAUGAACAAUGAAAGGAAGAAUAACACAGAAGAUUAGUAUAGUAUAGUAUAUUUAGGGUAAUAGGCGAUACACUUAAUGAAAACGAUAAAUACAUAUAAUGUUAGAUGCAAAUCUUACUAAAAUUUUGCCAGCAACAUGAUUGUUUACGGAAAACGUUUUUACAGUGUGUAACUUUGAUGGGUGCAGCGGGCGGUCUUUUUCAUGCACAUAGGCAAUUUUAAGUGCAGUUAUAUACAAUCAGCACAAAGUGCAGUCAUUUGCGUAGUUUGCGAGAGGAAAUCUCAUUAAACGUGCAGGGAUGCGUUACAUAGGGAUGAACUCAGGAAAUAGAAUUUAUGCUCGACUGCAGGUAGUCCUGAAGUGAGAGUUGUCGUUUAUCAAAGAUCAAAAGAUCCAGCUGCCUUUUCAAGACAACCACUGUAUCAGAUAUCACUAUCUCACUUGGGAGUGAGUUCCACGGUCAAACAACACGCUGACUGAAUGAAAACUUUCAACGGUCUAGGGGUGUACGCUCCCGCUUGAUUUUUUACGGAUGAACGCGCAGAGAUCUCAUGGUCGUGAAGUCAAAGAAGUCUUCGGAUUUAAACGAACAUUCAUACUCGUGGAUAAUGCGGAAUGUCCAUAACAGGUCACACCUCAUUUGUCUAUAGGAUAGGGCGAUCAGCCGUUCUUGAUAUGACAGAGUCCUGAGACCGUCCACCAUUCUUGUGGUCCGUCGUUGCACCUGCUCUAUAGCAUCACUGUCUUUCUUCAUCCAGGGCAUCCAUGAUGGUAUUCCGUAUUCCAAGUGCGGUCUGACGAAUGUGCCGAAUAUCUAUGAGAAGAGUUCGGGAGCAAAGACUGUGAAGGCGCGCUUAAUCGAGUGCAUGAUGCUGGUUGCCUUUCGGACGGCUCUUUCGCAGUGCUCGGAGGGCAGCAAGUAUGAACUUGUACAGACACCUAAGUCUUUGUGCAUGUCCACAUCUUUGGUGGAACCCCAUUUAUGGUGUACUUGUGUUUUGGGAAGCGUCUCCGACCGGAUUGUAGGCGUAUAAAUUACACAUUUGAGUACAUUAAACGAUAGAAACCACUUACUGGACCAUGCAGCCAACUUAUCAACAUCUUCCUGUGGUUUCUGCUAGUUGUAAACACAACUGAUUGGUUUCCGGUUCUUUAUUUCAUCUGCAAACACGAUACCAGCACAUUCAAGAUCUGCAGUACAGUCGUUUAUGUAGAUGUGGAAGAGGAGAGGACCCAAGACCGAACCCUGCGGAACGCCUUUUUAUACUGGUGCCAAAUGGGAUGCAGUACUACCAACAAUCGCUCUUAGGGGCCUGCAUCAAAGGAAACUUUUAGUUCACUUAAAAGUGUUGCCCUGUAUUCCACACUCCAACAUCUUCUGUAGGAGUCGUCCAUGAGGAGCGCUAUCAAACGCCUUUUAAAAGUCAAAGAAGAUGACACCGACUGGAUGGUCCUGGUCUAUGGCUUUUGUUCAACUUUCCUGCGAGUAACGACUGCUCGUAAGACAUGAGUGACCACGACGAAAUCCGUGCUGAGCAUCACACAGUAAGUCCCUCGGCUCCAGACCCGUCAUUAACUGUCCCUUAAUAAGUCGUCCCAUGACCUUGCACAAAAUGCAUGCUAAACUAAUAGGACGGUAACUGUCGGGCUCCAGCCUAGAUCCUCCAUUGUAAACUGGAGAAAUAAGGGUUGUUUUCCGUUCCGUUGGCAGUUUGCCUUCUUCCAUGGACUUCUAAUAAAUCAUGGACACCGGCUCACACAGUACGUCGGCCAAUAUUCGAAUUAUAAGUGGAUGAAUUCUAUCUGGACCAGGUGAUUUGGCAGACUUCAGCCCGCGUAUUUCUGUCCUUAUCAACGUGGGCGAUAGGCAAAGAUUGUCUUCUAAUCCAGGAGACGAAGGAUUUUGUCACUGGUCUGGGUAAGGCAUUGGAGGAGGGUUUGUGUCAUGAGUGAAUACCGACUGAAAGAAACCGGAGAAGACUGAUGUUUUCAUGUGGUCAUUUGUCUCAAUUACUCCGUUUUGGGAACUCAGCACUGGAAUCGGGUCACAAUUUCUCAUGCCAUUACGUGUGCAACCAUAGCGUAUUUUAGGGUGCUUCAAGGAGUUUUCCGAUAUGCAUGACACAUAGUUCCUUCGAAGUCUAUUAGUCCUGCGUUCACACACAUUCCGCUGUCACUUGUAUUCCUUCAGGCUUUCAGGACUCUCUGUUUGUCGAUAACAUCUCCCCACCCUAUUUCUUCUCUUAUGCGCAGUUUGUAAUUCCCGAUUUAUCCACGGUGGGCGGUUGCUUGUUUUCUUUCGUCUUUUAACCAGUGAGCUGAACGUGUUACAGUAGUCGUUAACUGUUCCCUGCAAUAUUGUUGUCCACGGUAUUGCCGAGACUUGCGUUCGCAUGCCGGAAAAACUACCCUUUCAGAUAUUUGUUUGCAAUUGUUCGGGUGAAUCAGGUUGGGAGAACAUGGAGUACUCGAAGAGCAUCACAAUAUGAUCACUAGCACAAACUGGCGGGAGAUCUUGAACAUCCAGCACACUCUCCUCAUCACGUGUGAGCACCAGGUCGGAGCAAUUUGAACGUUGCCCUUCCCUAACACGUGUUCCGUCAUCAUCAGGCCCCAUCGCAGACGCCACUUGCUCGUAUCAUAUCGGCCCCCGUCAUCCCUUCUUCUGACUCUUUGUUUUCUUGACUUAACAAGAUAGAACUGGUCCGGGCUUCGAAGACGGCCUUCAUCACCCAUUUCGUCUCCUUGAGCUACUGCUCAUGCCGUUUGUGAACCGUAACGUCACCCAAACCUUCUAGAGGUUCGUAUAUACAGUGUUACAUGGCCUGCAUUUUGUCUACGCCGUCCCCAAUGUCCUGCCCCACCACCAAAGAACACGUACGGCACCUUUCAAAGCAUUUGAUCGCUCUGGUCAAUUUGGUGCUGCACUCGACCCGCCUAAAUAUCUACUCUAAAUUACCUCCCUUGAGUUCUUCGGACAUCUGAUGGGCUCCAACAGCAGAGCCUUCUUGCUUCGACUGACAUGACCAUCUGAUUCGCGCUAGUCACUUCUAAACGUCAACUAUAGCGCAUUAUCCGCAAGGCCAAUCUCUACCAAGGGUUACUCCCGAACUGUGCGAACACCAUUUUACUGCUCACUAAUUCCCUUCUUUGGUCCCAUUGCUUCGUUCUGGCUCUUGACAGACGCCCUUGAUGCAUUUUUCAAAGCAAAGACUGUCCUGACCGAAGUCCCCCUCCUGAUCCACCCUGAUCCUAGCGCACCUACACCCCUCAUUGUUGACACCUUCAAAGUUGCAGUUGACGCGUUUCUUCAACAGCACCGUACAGGUCAGGUCCAACACACAGCUUUCUUCUCCAGAAAGCCGUAUCUCACUAUAGCACAUUUGAACGGGCGUGUCUGACUGUAUGCCUAGCCGUGAAACACUUCCGCACUUCAGUGAGGGCGGGGACUUCACGGUGUUCAUGGAUAAUAAGUUCCUUACCGUUGCCCUCAAGCACUUCGAGCUCCGUCAACUGGAAUGUAUCUUCCGGUCACCUGAGAUACCCACCACAUCGAUGUGUGAGGUAAUGAAGCGUUCCACUCGCUGCCCAGUCACUCAGUCCCACAUCUUCAUAUUUCUACCGGGAUCGACCUCAGUGAAGUGGCUGCCCUACAACAUCGUGCUGGUUCCUCCUGUGACGAGAAGGCUUCCAGACUCGAACUCUAGGACCUACCGCUGAUGACUGGUGACGGCACCAUUCUCUGUGGCAUCUCUACCACCUCCCACAAUCCCUUCGAUGGAGAGUCUCCCCUUCCCUCCACAAUUCCUUGUACUUUGAGAGUCUAGCCACUGAUAUCUGGUCUCCGGUCGAUUUGUCUGACGUUGGUUGCAUAAAAACCUGAAAGAUUUAACUAAGACAUGCCUCGGCUGUCAACGGAACAAGAUCCAGGGACAUAACAAGGCGCCAGUUGACGUCUUUGCUGACCCUGUUGAAUGGUUUUGGCCCAUCCAUUUGGGCACUGUAGGCCCACUGCUUUUGUUCAGCUGUUGCUUCUAUCUUCUCGCCUCUGUAGAUCGCUUCACGUGAUGGAUAGCACGUAUGCCUCUACCCAAUGUGGAGACUCCAAAUGUGGUCAAGGACUUCCUCACUCUUUCGAUGCCAUCAUCGGUUCUCCUCCACCAAAACGACUAAUCCGGGUGACCAAUUCAAUCCGAUCCCUCCGAGUUCCUUCUCUCCUUUCAAGGCUACACUCGCAUCCGCCUGCCAACGGGAUAGACGAUCGGUUUCGUCGUCAAUUAAAGAGUCCUGUUCACACCGGAGAGCAUCCGGUGAAGUGGACGAAUUGUCUCCCUCAGGGCAUAUGGACAUCCGCUGGGCCCUAAAGUCGGAUCUUGACUCUUCCGUUGCGGAACCAGUGAUUGAUGCCACUGUCUGA